UUGUAUGUUUUGAAGGCCAUGAAUCAAAAAGAUCUUGCUGAGAAGCUAGAGAACAAUGUACUCCCAAAAGCAUGUCAGCGUAAAUUCAAAUUCAGUUUGAAACAGAAGUUUCAAUUUUUGUAUGAAGGGAUGGCCAGACAAGGAAGUCCAGCACUGCUCAAUGACAUUUUUACAGAUCUCUACAUAACUGAAGGUGGAACUGGAGGGAUCAAUGAUGAGCAUGAAGUCAGACAGAUUGAGUCCACAUCCAGGAAACUAGCAAACCAAGAAGUUACAAUUAACUGCAGUGAUAUUUUUAAACCAUUAUCCAGACAAGGGAAACAACCCAGAACUGUGCUCACUAAAGGGGUGGCAGGUAUUGGAAAAACAGUCUCCGUGCAGAAAUUUAUUCUGGACUGGGCAGAAGGAGCAACAAAUCAAAAUAUUCAAUUCAUAUUUGCACUUCCUUUCCGGGACCUAAAUCUGAUAAAGGAUAAACCAUUAAGUCUGACUGAACUGCUUUAUUGCUUCCACCCAGAAUUCAAAGAACUUGCAUCCACUGAACUUGAUAGAUACAAAAUCUUAUUAAUCUUGGAUGGCCUGGAUGAGAGUCGCCUUCCUUUAGAUUUCCAGAACAAUGAAAGCUGGUCUGAUGCAACAAAGACUUCUUCAUUGGAUGUGUUAUUGACCAACCUCAUUAAGGGGAAUUUGCUUCCUUCUGCUCUCAUCUGGAUAACCUCGAGGCCGGCAGCUGCCAGUCAGAUCCCUCCUGACUGUGUCCACCAGCUAACUGAGAUACGAGGCUUCAAUGACACUCAGAAAGACAUGUACUUCAGGAAAAGGUUCAGUAAUCAUCAGGAACUGGCCUACAAGACAAUCACACAUGUGAGGUCAUCCAGAAGCCUCUUCAUAAUGUGUCACAUUCCAGUCUUCUGUUGGAUUUCAGCCACAGUUCUUGAGACAUUAUUUACUGAACAUGAAGGUGAGGAAAUGCCAAAUACUCUGACACAAAUGUACACACACUUCCUAAUAUUUCAGUUAAAUGUGAAAGGCCAAAAAUAUCUAAGAAAACAAAGCAAUGUGACUCCUAAAUCUUUAGAAACUGAAAAAGAAUUUUUACUGAAACUGGGGAAGCUGGCUUACAGCAGCCUAGAGAAGGGCAAUCUCAUAUUUUACCAGGAAGACCUGAAAGAGUGUGGCAUUGACAUCAGUGAAGCUUCUGUGUACUCUGGGGUGUGUACAGAAGUCUUUAAGGAGGAGUGGGGGUUGUAUCAGGGUAAAGUUUACUGCUUUGUGCAUUUGACCGUCCAGGAAUAUCUUGCUGCCUUGUACACAAUAUUGGCAUACAGAAACAAAAAAUCCAAACUCAUUAAAUACAUCCCACUACAUUUUGAGAAUUUGUCAAGCUUCUUGAAGAGUGCUGUAGAUCGGGCCUUGAAGAACAGCAAUGGACAUUUGGACCUCUACCUUCGUUUCCUUCUUGGCCUUUCAAUAGAUUCCAAUCAGACUCUGUUACAAGGAAUUUUGAUGCAGAAAGGAGACAACAUGCUCCAUGUUGAAAAGACAGUCCAAUACAUCAAGAAGAAGAUUAAGAAAAAUCCCUCUCCAGAGAGGACCAUCAAUUUGUUCCACUGUCUCAAUGAACUGAAUGACAAUUCUCUAGUGCAGGAAGUCCAAAGUUAUCUGAACUCUGAAAGGUCUCAUGCAGGAAACUUCUCACCUGCACAGUGGUCUGCUCUGGCCUUUGUUCUGUUGAUGUCAGAUAAGGAGCUAGAAGUAUUUGACCUGAAGAAAUAUGUCAAAUCAGAUGAAGGUCUUAUGAGGUUGCUACCAGUGGUCAAAGCAUCGAGAACAGCACUGAUAGACCAGUGUGAACUCACUGAGAGAUGCUGCAGUGCUCUGGCCUCAGUUCUUAGCUCAAACUCCUCAAACCUUAGAGAGCUUUACCUGAGUGACAAUGAUCUGCAGGAUUCAGGGGUGCAACUGCUCUCUGCUGGACUGAGGAAUCCACACUGUAAACUGGAGACACUGAGGCUGAACCGAUGUCACUUCACCGACAAAUGCUGUGAAGAUGUGGCUUCAGCUCUCAGCUCAAACUCUUCACAACUGAGAGAGCUGGACCUGAGUGACAAUGAUCUGCAAGAUUCAGGAGUGAAACUGCUCUCUACCGGACUGAGGAAUCCAGACUGUAAACUGGAGAUACUGAGGCUUAACCGAUGUAAACUUACAGAGGAAUGCUGCAAACCUUUGGCUUCAGCUCUUAGUUCAGGCUCCUCGCACAUAAGGGUUUUGGACCUGGAUGACAAUGAUCUGCAGGAUUCAGGAGUGAAACUGCUCUCUACUGGACUAAAGAAUCCACACUGUAAACUGGAGACACUUAGGUUAUCGCUGUGCAGAGUGACGGGGAAAGGAUGCACUUAUCUGGCCUCAGGUCUGUGUUCCAACCCCUCACACCUGAAAGAACUGGACCUCAGCUACAACCACCCAGGCGACUCAGGAGUGAUGCUUCUCUCUGGUCAAAUGAAUGAUCCCAGCUUUAAACUGGAGAAACUAAUUGUGGACCACAGCGGAGAGUGCAGGAUCAGACCAGGAGUCUUAAAAUACUUUUGCCAGCUCACACUGGACCCCAACACAGCAGACAGACACCUGCUUCUGUCUCGGGGGAACAGGAAGGUGACAUGUCUGAGGGAAAAGCAGCUGUAUCCUGAUCAUCCAGGUAGAUUUGAGUACUGGCCCCAGAUUCUGUGCACAGAGAGUCUGUCAGGUCACUCCUACUGGGAAGUUCAAUGGAGUGGAAACGGAGCCGUUAUCGGAGUGACUUAUAAAGGAAUCGGGAGGAAAGGAUACAGUGAUGACUGCGAGCUUGGACUCAAUGAAAAGUCCUGGGGUCUACUCUGUACAAGUAAGAGAUACUCUGCCAGACACAAAAACAAAGAGACCGACAUACGUGUACCCCUCUCCCACAAAGUUGGAGUGUAUCUGGACUGGGCGGCCGGCACUCUGUCCUUCUACAGUGUCUCCUCUGGUGAACUGACCCUCCUCUACAGGUUCACCUCUACUUUCACUGAGCCCCUCUAUCCUGGGUUUCGCUUUUAUAAUUUCGAAUCCUCGGUGACCCUGUGUGACCUGGGAUAACAAUACAUACACUCUUAGUUUCCACCGGAUGCUCAGACUUGCCAAUAUGGGUAUAAUAAACAGGUCGUGAUGAUGUUGUUGUUU